GCUUUAAAUGUAUUUCAACUUUCAGUUCACUGUAACAUCUUGUAAUCCAAAAUUCCAGAUGGAUCUAAGAUAUUACAGUUUGCUCAAAAAAACUUUUCCUCAUGAUUAUAUACUGACCUAUACAAUAUAAUGAGAUAAGAUCUAUCAUUAAAAACUGUCUGUUACUUCUGUAUUUAAAGGGCACCAAGUGACCAAGAGCACACAAUGGAAGAUAAGGCAUUAAGGUGUCUCCAAAACAAGAGCCCAAUAUUCACAUUAGGAAGUGUGGGGCCAUAUGACAUUCAAGUGAACAGUUUGAACUCUUUAAUGAGGGAUGAGCAAGUUUCUGACGAGGUCAUGAAUUCCAUAUGUGAUAUCCUUAGCAAGGAUCGCCCAGGUGUUGUACAUAUCAAUUGUCAGGCCCUCACGAAAAUACUGGAUGGAUCUAAAAGGGCAAAGAGCCACUAUUUUCUCAAGAACAACAUUUUGGAAAGGGCAACAGAGGUGUUUGGAGUGUAUCUCGAGAAUGGCAAUCAUUGGAGCUUUUUUCAUUGCAAUGUUGACAGAAGGUGCAUCACCUACUUUAACUCACUUGGAGAGACAGAGUGGCAAUGCCAAGCAAUUGCUCAGCACUGGUCUGCAUUUGCAGCCUCAAGGGGAGUAAAAGGAGAGUGGGACCUCAAAACCACAAAACAUAAUUUGCAAACCGAUUCAGUGUCAUGUGGUAUCCACACACUUGCAUUUGCCACUGAAUUUCUGAAGGCUGGUGGCUUUAUAACCUCCUUCCAGUGCCCUGUAAUACAACAGGAAAGAAUGCGCCUGUCCUCACUUUUGUUUGAAUCUUUAGAUCGAACCAAAAAAUGUGGAAUUUGUGCCAAAAAUAUUUCAGGAAGAAAGAAAAUGGCAUGUACCUGUGGGGCAGUGCUGCAUGUACUGUGUGCAGCCACACCCAUGUGCUACAUAUGUCAAGAAGACAGCAACCCAUUGGCCCAAAUCUCUUUGCCUGCAUCAGAUACUGCAGCACACUCAGCUGACCCAGACGUGUUAGUUGAGACCUCUGGAUCUGAUGAAGGCUCUGCACUACAACAGGAAGAGAAAGUUAUAUCCAUGUUGGAGGCCAUAGGUAAACCUGUGGCCUGUUGCAGCGAGGAAGAGAUGGAGGAAACCAAGGAGGAAGAGAGGCAUAAGCACAAUGGAGAAAGACAUAGGGAACACGAGGAAGUGCAGGAAAAAGAAAAGAAAGUGUAUAAAGUUUUAGGAAGGCUAACAGCACAAGGAAAGACCUACCAGGUAGAUGAAGAUGAGCUGAAGAGAAGAGUCAAAGGAGAAAACAUGUCCACAAACAUGUUCAGAGCGUUAAUAAGGGUUGGCAAAAAAGAUGUUCCACCCAAUGUGCUGCAGCAGCCUAAAAAGGCAAAGACAAAGGUGACGAUAUUCAGCACUUUAACAGAGGGAGAGGCGGAAGACCUUGCCAAGGGGUUUGGAAUGGCACUGACCAAACAUGUGCCAAAAGACCAACUACUUUCUGGGAUACCUGAAGAGGACAUCCCAGCAACACUGAGAACCAUUGAACAAAUGAAGCUUAAUGUGCAAAACCUUGGCCCUGAAUCAGAGCUGGAUUUGGCCACUCACCGCUUUGGACCUACAGCCGCUGAUUUUUUCUUUUCCUUUUUAGAGGACUGUAUGAAAAAAACUCAGCACCCAUAAGGGGCACAC